GUAGACGCAAACACCUUCAGCAUCUUUUCCAAGGCGCGCUUUAAUGUGGAGUCACAGCCUUAUGGCGAGGCGAGGGGACGGGGGAGCAGUCCGGCGCCAACACGGAGCUCUACGCUAAUAUGGGUUUUCACGGCGUGGACGUGGGAGGACUUCCAUGUGAACUUCCACACACUUCUCUGACCUCCUGAGUGGUGCACUGAUCAGGGAAGGCUGACCGUCUCUAGAGGGUUUCCACAGUAUUUCCCCUUGACUGGACUGGAGUGCAAAGAUGCCAAUCUUGGAGAAAGAGACAGCCAGAGACCGAGACAGCCAAGUGUUGCCAAAGGUCCCUGUGCCACCACUUAAACAAACCCUCGACACGUACUUGAAGUGUGUCCAACACCUGGUAAAGGAGGAGCAGUUUCAGAAAACAAAGGCCAUCGUGGAGAAGUUUGGGGCUCCUGGAGGUGUCGGAGAGGUUCUCCAGAAGAAGCUUCUAGAGAGAAGUGACAAGACAACCAACUGGGUCUAUGACUACUGGCUAGAGGACAUGUACUUGAACAACAGGUUGGCCCUACCGGUCAACUCCAGUCCUGUCAUGGUGUUUCCUAAGCAGACAUUCAGAGAUCAUAAAGAUGCCCUCAGAUUUGCUGCUCGUCUCAUUAAAGGAGUGUUGGACUAUAAGGCUCUCAUUGAUGCGCGAGCGCUGCCAGUGGAUUUUGCUCGAGGCCAGCUAGCUGGGACCCCUCUGUGCAUGGAGCAGUACUACCGCCUCUUCACCUCCUACCGCUACCCGGGGGUAAAGACAGACACGCUGAAGGUCCAGAUGAACGCAGCCUCCUCAGCGCCGGAGCACAUCAUCGUGGCAUGCAAGAACCAGUUUUUCGCGUUGGAUGUAGUCGCAAACAGCAAGCAACUCAACGAGAUGGAGAUCUUAUCCCAGCUGGAGAAAAUCAUGAAAAUGGCAGAAAACGCUGAAGAGAGAUUCCCUCCUCUUGGUAUCCUGACAUCUGAUGGGAGAACAGAAUGGGCACAAGCCAGAGAUGCAUUAAUAAAAGAUCAAGCAAACAAGGACUCUCUGGCCCUGAUCGAGAGCUGUCUGUGUGUGGUGUGUCUGGAUGAGCCCAGUGGCCUGGGGCCUACUGAUACCAACAGGGCCCUGCUGAUGCUGCAUGGUGGCGGCCGUGAGAAGAAUGGGGCAAACCGCUGGUACGACAAGUCACUGCAGUUUGUUGUAGGAAUGGACGGGAUAUGUGGAGUCGUGUGUGAGCAUUCGGCAUUCGAGGGAAUAGUUCUGGUGCAGUGCUCUGAGUACGUGAUGAAAUACAUAACAGGGAAUCCCUCCAAGAUGGCGAGAGCGUCCAGCAUGAGAGAGCUUUCUCCUCCAAGAAGGCUGCUCUGGAAAUGUAACCCACACAUCCAAGGACUCUUAGCAGCAUCUGGAGACAGACUCAAGAGGCUGGUGAAUAAUCUUGACAUGGAUGUUUUCAAGUUCAAAGUUUAUGGGAAAGAAUUUGCCAAAAAACAGAAGAUGAGUCCAGAUGCAUUUAUUCAAGUUGCCUUACAACUUGCAUUUUACAAAUGCCGUGGAAGGCUGGUGUCCACUUAUGAGAGUGCGUCCAUUCGGCGUUUCCAAGACGGUCGGGUUGAUAACAUUCGCUCUGCCACCCCUGAGGCUCUGGCCUUUGUGAAAUCGAUGACAGAUGAGAGGGCCACUUUCACCGAUUCAGAAAAAAUUAAACGAUUGAGGGAUGCAAUUAAUGCCCAGACAAAUUAUACAAUUGCAGCUAUUACAGGAAUGGCAAUAGACAAUCAUCUGCUCGGGCUUCUGAGGAUCGCAAAGGAGCUCAACAUGGAGAAGCCAGAGAUCUUUUGUGAUGACACGUAUUUGGCCAGUAACCAGUUCAUCCUUUCUACCAGUCAGGUCCCUACCACAGUGGAAAUGUUCUGUUGCUACGGCCCCGUAGUGCCCAACGGCUAUGGCGCCUGUUACAACCCGCAGUCAGACCACAUCAUCUUCUGUGUGUCUAGUUUCUGGGAGAACACAGAGACGAGCUCUGCCGUUUUCGUCAAAGCCCUGAACGAGGGCCUGCUGGAAAUCAGGGACCUGUGCAACAGAGGCAGCACUGCAGUUACCAAACUGUCUGAUAGCAGCCAGGGAGCCAGCCAGCCUCAUAAACCAGGGAAGUAAGCCAUACUGAGAGAUUACGCCAACUCAACUGCUCCACUUAACAUUCUUAGACUUUAACUUUAGACUCAGUAGUCAAGAUGUCUUUGUGUGUCUUUGUUGUCUGUGCAAUAGUGUUCCUUUAACAACAAAAUACAAAGCCUUAAAGUUCAUAUACUGUAUGUAAAUAUAAAAAAAUGUGAAUGAAAACUAGAAAACAUUUUUGUUUUGGAUGUGUGUACACAUCAGAAUGCUUUCGGUCCCAACACUGAACCCGCUUUACUCGGUAGACUGAGAUUAACUGGUCUGCUGCCUUUAGGAAACUGAAGCCAUGCCUGCUUUGUAGCACUGAUGUGAGGGGCAACUCCUCUAUCAGAGUGAAUCAACUGAGUGAUCCAAAUGUAUAUUUUAUACAUAUAGAGUAGUAAUGUAAUGUACAUGACAGGAUUCUGUAACAAAAAAAAAAAAAAACUAAAGUAUAUUUAAGUGACUAAUAACAAUCAUGACAUCCUGUAAAUGUGAUCCUGCCAGCCUGUUUCACUUUGUGUGUGCCAUCAUGUUAACAAACUGGAUCAGUUAUACUAUAAGAUCUAUUUUAAUGUGCUAAAGUUAUUCUAUUGACACCAUAAGGUUGCCAAAGAGGUUGUGUGUAUGCGAAGUCGUCUGAUGAGGCACUUUAAGAUAUUCAUAUAAAAAUAUGAAUGAAUAAAUGUACUGUAAACGUUAAAUGACUGGUUAUAAAUGAUGUGUGUAGAGGGAAAACAUAUGAUAUGGUUUCAGUGGCACAUUUGAAGUAAUCUAGUUAUACUGUAGGUAUGUGUUCUAUAUUAUAGCAAUAGUUAAUAAGUGUAGUGUAAUGAACAGUGCUACUUUGUAAGCAAAAUGCAGUCCAGUGGUGACUGAGGCAAACCACUGUGUUCAUGUGUAUAUAGUGAUAUAAACUGCACUUAGAGGUAGAAUGAGGGUAGGGAUUUAUUGUUGUACUGUAGGUACUGUGCAAUAACACAAUAGCAGGUGCAUUGACUGUAUAUGUGCAAUUUACUAAAUCAGUUCAUUAGAUGCAUGGCGCUUAUGUCAUAUCAAAUUAACUAUGGUUGCUAUUUUUGAUACUCAGCAAUAUCAGAAAUUAUCGGUAACGUUAGAAUGAAUUACAGCAAUCUACAUCAUGCAUGCUGUUUUGGUCAAAAAAUGUCCAUUCAAAGCGUACUGUGACUUGGAUUCUUGUGGGUCUUGUUUCAAUCUGCGAUGGUUCAUGUAACAGCAAAUUGAAUAAGUGGUCUUUAACUGUGAAAAUGUGAGGAUAUUUGUUCUAUCGUGUCCAGAAGGCACUUGUUUGUUAUGUAUCUAUCUAUCAUCAGCCAAAGUGAAUGUGAUCCAUGUAGAUGAUUUCAGAAUCCAUGUCAAGAAAAGACUACAAGCAACACACAUGCAUGUUUAUUCUUACAUACUAACUGUAUUUUUAUAUGUUCACAUGAAAAGAUUAUAUAAUGAUAUAGUAAAAUACUGGUGAAGGUUACACAUAAGUAACAAAAAUGCCUUAAAACAAAGUGAUGCAAAUGGUUUUCCACCAUUCCUGCCAGAUGUAAUAUUCUAUAAAUGUUUAAUGUUUUACCUCCGAUGUUAAUUUGAUCUGUUUCUACUUGGUGUUUGCUGUCUAAUUUGAGUGUAGAAGUGUAAUGUAGAAGAAUGUAAUAUUUGUCAUGUAUUAUUCAGUUGGGGUUCCUUCUGUCUCAUACCUAAUAAUCCCUGUGAGUAAAUCCGGCUGUUAUAUGUACUGUAUCACAGCAUAAUAUUAAUGUGGCUUGAUAACUUAAUGUUACACUCAUCCAUGAUAACAUUUUUGUGAAUGGUAAUUAAUGUGUAACACGUCGUUGACAGGGAGAAUAUAGUGUUUUAUUAAGUUGUUUAAUAUUUAAUGAAUGUUCAGUGAAAACUCAUAUAUUUAUCAUUAUGAAAAAGUAAACAAAAGGCUCAUUUAUUUUUUUAAGGCUACAACAAUAUUUUGUUCAUAGAAGACAUUGCCAUUUUAAGCUGUAAUAAAACUGUUGUGUAGCAAAAACUGAUGCUCAAUUCCAGAAAUAAAAUGAACUUCAAACUAUUAUA